CCAACCCACGUCUUCUUCUUCCUCUUCUCGAUCUUGGUCCUUCUCAAGCUGUGUGACUUCUUUCUUACUCUUCUUCACCUUUCUUACUAAUUUAGAUAAUUAAUCAAAGUGUGAAUUCCAACAAUAAUAUGUUUUGUUUUGGUAUUCUUAUUGAACUCGACCAGUAAUCUCCUCCGCAUCAACAAAGAUCAGAUCAGUUUGAGAGAUUGUGAAACAGUUUUGAGAGUAAUGUUGGAGCGGUAUGAAACAACUCGUAUCUGUUUCAAAGAGCAAUUUCUCAUCUAUAUGUACUAAGUAAUGAGCUUGGAGAGUAGAUGUGCCGGAGGUGAGAAUUAUAGUUCCCUGAUGCAGAACAAGUGCUCGACGAAAUGCCUGAGAGAACCAUCAACACUUUUGCAACAGUCGGCUGUGAGCUUCCUUCCGUCACCGCCAUAUAUAAACGCGAGCCCGUUCCGUUGUAGAGAGAACACGUGUCUCUUCUCUACCGGCCCAAUCAGAGUCUCCUCAUUUCGCUCCCCUGUCAUUUUAAACGGAGUGUAUAAUCAAGAAAACGCGAAGAUGACCCCAAAACAAAAACAAAGAAACGAGAUUUUGCAGAUCAAAAGCAUUCGCUUUCGCUUAAAGAUACAAUGGGGAAUGAAAAUGGAGAAGAAUGGCGAGAGGAGCUUACUAGUCCUGAUGGAAAUACUGAGCUGCCUAUAGAACGCCUUAUUAGAGCCGUGAAGUCCAUCUCGCCACAAGCACUUUCUUCUGCAGUAAGUGACAUUGGAUCGGUUGUAAGCAUGGUUGAUACGAUAGCUGGUUCAGCUCCAGGAAACGGUUCGAGAGCUUCAGUUGGCGAAGACUUGGUUGCAAUGACUAAAUGUCGUCUCCAAGCAAGAAACUUCAUGACGCAAGAGGGAAUGAUGGCGACCAAGAAAAUGAAGCGUCACACAACUGCAAUGCCACUAAGCGUUGGUGAUAGCUACAAGCAGUUUGCUGAUUUGGUAGAUAUGGAAUCUACUGUGACUUGUGGUGGAAAUAAGGCAAGAACUGAGACCGAGCAUGCCCUUUUGGAGGAAAUUAAGGAAAUAAACCAGCGGCUGUUAGAUACAGUCGUUGAGAUUAGUGAUGAUGAAGAUGCUGCUGAUCCUAGUGAGAAAGUAACAUCAAGCAAAGAGUGUGAAGGAACAACAAUUAGAUUCUCGUUUAUAGCUGUUUCCCUCAGCCCAGGUUUGAAGGCUCAUCUCUCAUCAAAACAAAUGUUUCCUAUUCGACCACUGCGUCUGCUGGUUCCUUGUAGCUACCCCAACGUCUCUCCAUCUCUUCUGGACAUACUCCCGGUUGAAACCAGCAAAGAGAACGAGGACCUCUCGUCCAAAGCUAUAGCAAGGUUCAACAUAUUGCUAAGAGGUUUGUCACAGCCAAUGUCGCUCAAAGACAUAGCCAAGACAUGGGACGCUUGUGCUCGGGCUGUGAUUUGCGAGUACGCACAGCAAUUUGGUGGUGGAACUUUCAGCUCAAAAUACGGAACUUGGGAGAAACAUGUAGCCGCUUCCUGAAUCUGAUGAAAGUCCUUAAUGGUCGGUCUGUUUCAUAUCAGAAAACCAAAAAAGGCUUUAGUAUAAGGUUUGUAUGCUCUAGUGUAGAUAGUGUAGUGAAAAUAUAAUCAUACAAUUUUUUUUUGUGAAUUUUAGUGGAUAGAUAUAGGAUUCUGUCAUUGAUUGUUGUUCCCUUUGUAAUGUGUUUCUUUUGAAAUUGAACACUCACCCUCAGUGUUGUUGUUGACCGGCCCCUUCCAGUGCUAGUGAG